AUGUCUCUGCUUCUCACUGGGCUCUCGAGGCUCCGCCUUGGGAAACCUGCGUUGAUAAGAUCCUCUCUUAUUCUGUCUAAUAGCUUCUCAACUUCCUUGCUUCAAACCCCACCUUGUUCCAUCGUCGGCGGUUCUCAUUGUGGAGGGGAUCUCGGUAGACUCGUUAUUAGCUACGCUAAUGAAUUUACAAGCACUAGUUUGGAAAAGAAGGUGCCUCUGGAGUUGGUGAACGAUGGUGUUAACAAUGAGAUGGUAACCAUCGGAGCAUCUCAUGGCUGGAUAGCUACAUUCAAUAGGGAAGACGAAGUUCUGCGACUCCAAGACGAUCUAAACCCUGUUGCAUCGGAUACAGAUCCCAAACGUAUUCCCUUGCCUUAUCUUGUUACUCUGCCUCAUUGCCAAACCCAAAUCAUUACAAACGUGUCAAUGUCCAGGUCUUCUCCAGAGGAUAAAGACUGUAUUGUGGCUGUCAAGUUCUUUGGACCUCAACUCAGCUUUUUGAAACCCCCUCUAAGUCAAAGUAACUCCAAGUGGCACAACAUCAAGAUCGAAAACCCCUGUUUUUCCUCCUCCCGUGUAAUGUAUUCCAAGAAAGACGACAUGUUUCGCAUUCCCGGAUCUGGAGGCCAGCUUAUCGCAUCAUGGGAUCUCCGUAAACACAAGCGCAAACCCAUGCUUCAGAAGCUGCGUUAUCAAAACCUUUCCGAGCUGACAGAGACGAAACGAGAGAUUCUGGUUUCGUGCUGCACAAGCGAACACUUGGUGGAGUCAGAAUCCACUGGUGAAACUUUCUUGGUUAAGUGGUACCAGAAGAGUGCUGAGAUUGUCGACGGUAUUGCCAAAAUGGAAACAAAAGAUGUAUUGCUGUUCAAGCUUGACGAAGAAGGAAACGCCGUUUACACUAAAGACAUUGGAGAUCUCUGCAUUUUCAUCUCAAAGUCUGAACCUUUCUGUGUCCCUGCUUCUUCCUUUCCUGGCAUGCACUCUAACACUGUCUUCAUCUGGGAUGUGGAUGGAAUCACAUUGGUCGAUCUGGGUGGUUUCAACCCCAUCUUUAGUAGAAUUGGUAAGCUCUCGGCCCCUUUUCAUAUUCCACCUCAAAAUAUAAACUAG